CACCUUAGCACCCUACAAUAGCAGUAAGAAUCGACAGGCACACAACAAUGGGUCCAUAGAUCGCAAAGCGGCUCCUGAGAGUUUCUGAGUGGCCCAUCCAGUGGAGGAGGUUCCAAGGUGGAUUCAAUGGCUGCUGGUGGCCCGAGGCGAGCGAUUCCCAUUCAAGUCAAGGCAAGAUUUCGAGGAGGAUGGGUGGGAUGGGAUAUUCUAAAGGUCAAUAGUCGCUGCAGUCCUUCGUCUCUUUCAGGUUUAGACGCGGCUGGACACGGGCUGCUGCCGCUCGGGCUUCUCCACGGGUUCUGCCACUCGCGAUCGAUGGAGAGUAGUGAACUGCCGUCCCUUGAAAAGUGGUCUCUCAAGAACUCGACCCUCCAGGCUGAAAUUGGUAUGUCAUUGAGUCUGUUUAUUUCUAAUUCAUACGUACCAUCCCUUGGCCCUGUUGACGCCCGUGACAAUCCCGCUAAUGGCUGUGAGGCAAAUAGUCGUGCACAGGGCAUCAGUCUCCGCUAG